CUCGGCUCUUUUCGUUGAUGCGGGCAGCUUGGGGGCAGCCGCCACUAGAGAGACGCUUUCCUUUUUAAUUUUUUUUUCCCCAUGUGUUCACUUCCGGGUCCGGCGACGAUCCGGAUGCCCGAGGCAGGAGGAUGUUUGACCUCCGGAUAAGUGAGGCGCCGCUGUGCAUUCAUUCCUGGCUGCAUCGGUGGCGACAGCAGCGGCCCGGGCGGCGACUCUCUGGCCAGCGGUGGUGAUAGGAGGCACCGGCACUAGUAUAGAAGACUAGUUAGAGCCGAGCUGUAUUACCUCUCUUGCUCGCUCCUUACCCCCUACCUCGCUCGCUCGCUCGCUCCCUCCCUGCGUGGCUCGCUUUCCUUCUCCGGCCGCCGGCGGGUGUGAUGUGCCGCCGCCGUUGCUGCUGCCCCCGCCGGCGCUGACUGACUGACGGGAGGGCGCCGCCCGCUCCCGGGACCAACCUCGCUCGCGGCCGCGCCUUUGAGCUCUCUAUCAAUAUCAGCUUACAUCAUUGAAAAGAUAAUCUUGAAGACAUGUUUUGCUGAAAAGACAACUGAGAAAAAUCAUUUUACGAAUGGGAUGAACACGCUCCAAUUAGUUGACUACCUUCUACAAUUUGAAUGUUAACAUUAUCCACCUGGUACAGUUACCUAGUGAUGUACCUUUUCUCACAAUACCCUAUUUCGGUGUGCUUGUCUUGAUUAAAGAAUUCAAAGUGGAGUACCGAAAACUUGAUAUGGAUAAUAAAAAGAAAGACAAAGAUAAAUCAGAUGAUAGAAUGGCACGGCCUACUGGUCGAUCGGGGCACAACACUCGAGGAACUGGAUCUUCAUCCUCUGGAGUUUUAAUGGUUGGACCUAACUUCAGAGUUGGAAAAAAAAUUGGAUGUGGCAAUUUUGGAGAACUACGAUUAGGGAAAAAUUUAUACACAAAUGAAUAUGUGGCAAUUAAGUUGGAACCCAUGAAAUCCAGAGCACCACAGCUACAUUUGGAAUACAGAUUCUACAAGCAAUUAGGAUCUGGAGAUGGUAUACCUCAAGUUUACUAUUUUGGCCCUUGUGGUAAAUACAAUGCUAUGGUGCUGGAACUGCUUGGACCUAGUUUGGAAGACUUAUUUGACUUGUGUGACAGGACAUUUUCUCUUAAAACAGUUCUCAUGAUAGCUAUACAACUGAUUUCUCGUAUGGAAUAUGUCCAUUCGAAGAACUUGAUAUACAGAGAUGUAAAACCUGAGAAUUUCUUAAUAGGACGACCAGGAAAUAAAACUCAGCAAGUUAUUCAUAUUAUAGAUUUUGGUUUGGCAAAGGAAUAUAUUGAUCCAGAGACAAAGAAACAUAUACCUUACAGAGAACACAAGAGUCUUACUGGAACAGCUAGAUACAUGAGCAUAAACACACAUUUAGGAAAAGAACAAAGUAGAAGAGAUGAUUUAGAAGCUUUAGGUCAUAUGUUCAUGUAUUUCCUGAGAGGCAGUCUUCCUUGGCAAGGUUUAAAGGCUGACACAUUAAAAGAGAGGUAUCAGAAAAUUGGAGAUACAAAACGAGCUACACCAAUUGAAGUGUUAUGUGAAAAUUUUCCAGAAAUGGCAACAUAUCUUCGUUAUGUAAGAAGGCUAGAUUUUUUUGAAAAACCAGAUUAUGACUACCUAAGAAAGCUUUUCACUGACUUGUUUGAUCGAAAAGGAUAUAUGUUUGAUUAUGAAUAUGACUGGAUUGGUAAACAGUUGCCAACACCAGUGGGUGCAGUUCAGCAAGAUCCUGCUCUAUCAUCAAACAGAGAAGCACAUCAACAUAGAGAUAAGAUGCAACAGUCCAAAAAUCAGGUUGUAAGUUCUACAAAUGGGGAAUUAAACACAGAUGACCCUACCGCAGGACGUUCAAAUGCACCCAUCACAGCCCCUACAGAAGUAGAAGUGAUGGAUGAAACCAACUGCCAGAAAGUGUUGAACAUGUGGUGCUGCUGUUUUUUCAAACGAAGGAAAAGGAAAACUGUUCAGCGCCACAAAUGACUCUGGACACAGAGAGAUCAUGGAGAGUUACUUACAUGUUCAUCUGCUGUCUUGUGAUUAAAAUCAUCUCUGUUAGUGACCACAUAUAUUUUCAAGGACUCACUCUUAGAGACAUCAUACCUUCAUACUUCAUUUUGUGAUUGUCUUAUAUUCUUUUUUUUUCUAAUUUAACUUUUAUGGAAGCUUUAAAGUUUUGUCAAAACAUGAGUGCUUUGCCCGUCUAUGAGGGAAAUGGAUCAGUGAGGUGGCAUUGGUGAAUACAGUUGUAGAGAACAUUUUUCAGAAGCUCUUCUCCUGUCGUAGAAGGCAGUACAGUAUCUUAAAUGUCAACAAGUUUUAUACCUAACUUGGUUUUUCAUAAGUUGUGUGAGAGCAUAAUAAAACAGGAAUUUUCUCCCCAGUGGAUAAUGCAACAGAGAAAACAGAGUUGCCCAAAUGUUUAAAGAAAUUAUUCCUUGAGAAGUUCAUAUUGUGUGUGACAUCUGCAUUGAUUUCAGUAUUACUGAUGGUACUGCUGUUCAUGAGUCAUAUUAACAUUCUCUUUGUGAAAUCAUGGUACAAUCACUGCCCAGAGGUACUGAGGAAAAAGCUCUGUGGGUUCUGCAGAUGGUAGUGCUAAAAUGAAUCACAAGUCAUGCGUUAAAUAUGAGUUCUGCUUUUGUUACGCCACUAUGUGAAGUGUGUUGCAGACGUGGCAAAAGUGCUUAUUAAAAAAAUGCAAAAUAUUUGUAUAAUGUAACUUUAUGCUUCCAGGUAAUAAUGUAUGUUAGACAGCAGGAAAUGAAUACUUUGAGAAAUGAUAUAUAUUGGAGUUUUAAGAAAUACACAAAGAAGAAAAAGAAAGAAAUGUGAACCUCAUUGAAAUGUAUUAAGGUUGAAGUCCAACGUGAUCCCACUGAAACCUGCUGCUGAAUGGUAACAUUCUCCCUUAAGCAGAAAACUUUGGAUGUGCCAUACAAUGGUGAUCUGUUUAUUAAUUAUUUUCCUCUUUUAUAAGAAAGACGCCCAGCAAUAAAAAAAUUGGGUCACUCUGUUGCCCUCUGUGCACAUUAGUCUCUUGUAUUCAACUUUGCUGGUUCUUUGGAAGUUUCUUACUAGUUAGCAUAAUUGUGAUGAUAGCAAAAUACUUUGGAGAGGGUGAGUCAGGUGCUUUGCCUCCAUAGUUUUUUGAAGUGCCUGCAUAUGAACAAAGUAAUGAUUCUACAAAAACGGAAACCCAUUCCACUUUUCAAGUGUGCUUUGUGUUAAGCCAUAAAAACAGUGUACUUUGGUUACAUGCUGUUAGCCAGAAUUUUCAAUAAGGGUUAAAACAAAAUGACUGGCUAGAAAGAUGAUUUUAUUGUUCAAAUCUUAUACUCACCUUUCAUUUAUAAAAUUGUCACUUACUACUUCCAUUCAAUCCCUUCUGUCUUUAAGUACAUGCCCUCAGGCAUGCUUAUUUAUUUUUCCUGUCUCAAGGUAACAUUUGAAUUGUGUAUUAAAUAAUUUCACAUUUUUUACUUCAUUAUUGCAUUUACAGGGAUUUAAUUGUAUUUUGUAAUUUAUUAUUUUUUUUAAUUAGUCAAAAAAAUCAGUGUGUUGUUUUGAUGAAUUAGGCAUCCAUACAAGCAUCACAAAUCUGGACAUUGUUUAUUAAUGUUGGUAUGAAUUCUAUGAAUGAUCUUUUUAAAUUCUUUAUUUUACCUAGAAAACAUUUGCCAUAUAAUUUGGUCAAUACUUUCCAUUCUAUCUAUUUGUAUACUGUCAUGAUGUCUUGUACUACAGGAGUUACAUACUGAGUUUUUAUUUUUGUUUGCUUUGAGCAAGGUGGAUGGUUGUUUUGGCCAUUAUAAUGUGAAAUCACUUCUUUCUUUACAGUAUUUGACCAAAUUUGUGUGUCUAUGAUAUUUGUAAAUACAUGUGAUAUCUGUAUUUCUUAUCAUAAACCUAUUUAGUUUUAUUCUCAGUAGGGUUUUUUGGACUGUACAGUGUUUAUAUGAUCUGAACUCCUUAUACAUAAGAAGGUGUGUAUAUUAAUCCAAUUAUGGACUUAAAAUAUUUUAAAAGUAUAAAUACCCUUAUUUGCUGCAAAGACCAGUGUGUAGACAUUUGCUUUUUAGCAAUAUUUCUAAGUGCUCCAUUUUAAUACCAAGGAAUAGGUCUUUUGGCAACACAAACUGGUCAAUAAUAGGUAAUGCAGGUAUGUUCAGGUUAAGCCAACGAUGUUUUGCAUUUAUAUGCUUCUUUUCUGUCAACACUAAUGAAGUCACCAUUGCCUGAAUGUCUGAAUAAUGAAACACAUCCCUGUUUAAAAGUAUGUAACUGAAAAAAAGAAAUGAAAAAUAAAGGUAGUUUUUUUAAACUUGCUUUUUCCCCUUUUCUCUAGUGGGUGAAAUAAUGCCACUUGUUAAUUUAAGAUAGGAAAGAAAACAUGUAAUUCAUUCUCUCAGUCAUGUUUGAGAAAUAGAACUAAAGAUAUACUUUUGUUAUUUUGUUAUUGUUUUGUUUUGCUUUUUUCGAACCCAGUUGAAAAGGGCCCAUACCAGCAUGGACCUAAGCUUUCCUUAAUGAAGUGUUUGUUUUUUCUCAGGUUUCUCUGAACUUUUUAAUAGAGCAAGUAAUGAAAGCUAGUCUUCUGAUAAA